AAUAAAAGCAUGUGUUUAUCCUUCUGUUCGCUAUAAAUUCCCCGUUUGGUUCAAAUAUCCACGACUGUCUUCCUACGCAGCGCUCUCUCUUCCACUCUUCCCUCUCCUCGUAGCCAUGAACAUUCAGCAGGUCGUUCUAAAAUCAAGCUUUUUUCCCAUUUUCUUGACCUUGUCAAGCAAGCCCAAUAUGCGUAAAGUAGCAUCUCUGUGCACCAUGCCCAAUAUUUAUGCACGUAUCACGCCAAGUGUUCGAGAAAAUGCCUCAACCAAAACCCCCACUACCAGUCCCCCUACUUCAGCCUACAUCCACCUCCCUUUUUGUCGAAAGCGCUGCCACUACUGUGACUUCCCCAUUGUCGCUUUGGGAUCUUCCUCCUCCCAAACCGACGACGACCCUCGAAUUCGGGACUACGUGGAGUUGCUUUGUCGAGAAAUUAAUGCCACAAAAUCAGAAUUCCAAACCGACCGGCCCCUCGAAACCGUCUUCUUUGGAGGCGGCACCCCUUCUCUUGUGCCGCCGAGGCUCGUCUCAGUUAUCUUAGAUGUGCUGGGGUCGAAAUUUGGGAUGGCUAAGAAUGCUGAAAUCUCUAUUGAAAUGGACCCGGGCACUUUUGAUGCGAAAAAAAUGGAGGGUUUGAUGAAGUUGGAUGUGAACAGAGUGUCUUUGGGUGUUCAGGCGUUUCAGGAAGAGUUACUCAAGGCUUGUGGAAGGGCUCAUGGAGUUGAUGACGUUUAUGAGGCUAUUGAGAUCAUUAAGUCUUGUGGGCUUCAAAACUGGAGUAUGGAUCUCAUAUCUUCUCUACCUCACCAGACAACUGAGAUGUGGGAAGAGAGCUUACGCCUCACUAUUGAAGCACAACCAACUCAUGUUUCAGUAUAUGAUUUGCAAGUUGAAGAAGACACAAAAUUUGGGAUAUUGUACAAGCCAGGGGAAUUUCCAUUGCCUUCUGAUACAGAUUCAGCUGGAUUCUACAGAAUGGCUUCAAAGGCACUCGCUGAGGGAGGUUAUAGCCAUUAUGAGAUCAGUAGUUACUGCAAGAGCGGGUUUGAGUGCAAGCACAACUCUACCUAUUGGAAGAACAAUCCUUUCUAUGGUUUUGGUUUAGGGGCGGCUAGUUAUCUCGGUAGUUUGAGGUUCUCCAGGCCGCGGAAAUUGAAGGAAUACACCAGUUAUGUACAGAACUUAGAGAAGGGUCUUGUGGAUUGCCAUGGAGAUAAUGAUGUUGAUAUCAAGGACAUGGCCAUGGAUGUUGUGAUGCUUUCUCUCAGAACUUCCUCAGGCCUUGAUUUACAAUCUUUCGGAAAAGCUUAUGGUGGUCAUCUUGUACAUUCUCUUUGCAGGGCCUAUGAACCUUACAUCAAAAGUGGCCAUGUGGUUUGCUUGGAUGAGCAGAGGAGAGCUCUAACAGUUGAUGAAUGCAAUGGCUUGGUAUUGAGCAAAGAUGAUAGUUUAACGAAGCUGAGGCACAUUCGACUUGGUGAUCCAGAUGGGUUUUUAUUAUCAAACGAAUUGAUCUCUCUUGCAUUUAGAGUCAUAUCUCCCUGAAUGUUAGAAUUCCAACCUGCUUUGGCUCGUCUUUCCUGAUUCCAAAUUUUGUGUUCCAAGUCAUAUUUCCGGUAUUUUAAAGAGGACUAAAUGAUUGCCAGUUUUUUAAGAGAGUGCAGGAUCCUGCAUCUGGCAUGAGAAUCUUGCGAAUUAAUCCUAGAGGAAGUUCAAGAUUGCUCUCGAGACCAAAAUCAAUGUUCUGAUUAUAAAGUUGAGCUAAUUGCAUACCAUAGAAUAGAUUGUUCUUCAUGGGAGUUGCGGCAAAGUACGACUAAACCAGCAAGCUGGAUGAGACGAUCAUGGAUGAACCUCUGAUCAGGUUGGCAGUUGGGGCUGAGUUCACUCUGAAAAUUGAUUCAUUAAAGUCGUACUAUUGCCGUUUCAAAGUUGACGCUGAUACUUGGAAGUAAUUGUUAGCAAUAUAUGAAAUGCCACGCAAUCUUGAAAACAAGACUGACCUAGCAUAUGAUGUUAGUGGAGAAAAAGGUCGAUUCAAACAAGGGAAUGAUGUGGUUAUUAAGGGAAAAAAAAGUUUAUAUUUUCAUAGAUUUCUAAUCCCGAAUACAAUACAUUCACACUGGUAAUCAACCUCCAUUUCUUCCAAUUCUUUUUCUAAAAUAAGAAAAAAAAAA